ACACCUCAAACAAAGUCUCACUUCAGUACAUACUCUUUGUGUUUAAUCUUUGUAUUAUCAUUCAUAAUGGGUGUUUUCACACACGAAAUGGAGGUUAAUACCCCAAUCCCCCCAGAUAGGGCAUUUAAGUGCUUUGUGCUUGAUUAUGACACCCUUUUCCCCAAGGUUGUCCCUCAUGCAAUCAAGAGCGUUGAAGUCCUUGAAGGAGAUGGUGGCCCUGGAACUAUCAAGAAGAUCAAUUUUGCUGAUGGCAUGGGAAUAACUUAUGUGAAACACAAGGUUCAUACACUGGACAAACAGAAUAGGUCUACCAGCUACAGUGCGUUCGAAGGCGAUGCUUUGGGCGAAAAAAUCGAGAAAACCACCGAAGAGAACAAGUUCGAUCCGGCACCGAAUGGAGGAACAAUCAUUAAGAUAACGACCAAGUUUCACAGCGUCGGUGAUGCCGUGAUCACGGAAGAAGAAAUGAAGAAGGUGAUGGAGAGCCGAGCCCAAGUUUACAGGGCUGUCGAACAGUAUCUCGUCGCAAAUCCUGAUGCCUAGAACUAUAUACGCAUAUAGCGUCAGUGGUGUGCUUUCAUGGUGUGAUUUCAAUGUUUUUGUGUGUGGUUUGUUAGCCCAAAACUGUGUUUGAUUGGGUAAUAAAAGUGAUGGUCACUGGGUUUGAUCAUCUUACAUCAA